AUGUUGCCCCUCUUGUGCGGUAUCGUUCCGCUUGCAGGUCUACUCUUCUCUUCUCUCAUCUUCUCAACACAAACAUUCGUCAAAAACGCUAUUAGUCGGCUGAGUCUUCCCGCAUUUGAACCAACUCCCGAUUCUUUUGUGGACCUCAGGCUCCCUUUAUCGUCUUCCGAUUUCUCUUUUUCGUCGAGUUCCGGCAUCAUCAUAGAUGUCUACUACGACCCGACUCCCUCGUCUGUUCUGCAGCCUGUGCAUGGACCGGAGAUGUACACUGGGUUGCCCUUCCCCUCCGAGCUCCCUCUACCGCCUUCUCUCAUCAGAGUCGGCGAAGGGAGCAGAUCCCUUUGGCACACUGAGUCAGUUAUCCUGCUAUGUGUCGCGACGAUGACAUUAUCAUCACUGUUCACCUUAUUAAUGGUCCAGUAUUUGAAGUCGAGAGCACCGGCACCUAGCACUCCCAAGGCAGUUCCAAUCCUUGACGAAACUAAUCAAUGGGGCUAUGGCGUGUCGGUCUACUUCGAGGAGGCACCCAGGGUCAAUAUCCUUUGGACGUCCGAUAGACAAUCUAUCUGUCCAGCCUCAGAGGUUCUAUGUCUCGUUCCCGAACGGGGCCAGUUUCUCUGGGCAGAUUUCUCGGACGCUAUCUCCGCCUUGGGUUUCAUCAAGGUUAGUAAGGAAAACCCGCAUUAUAUGCUCGGCGACGAAGGCAUCUGGUACUCGGAGCAUCUCAUCAUGCCGUGGCUCGAAGCACAUAUCCGGAGCGGCGCAAUACAAAUGAACGACGAUACAUUCCAAGAGCUUGAUAGGCUGCUGGCGCCCCCGAACUACAAACCCGCGCGAGACUGGGGCAACGCGACCCUAGAUGGUGGCUCGUAUAUACAUGAGUCGAGCAGUGUUGACGACGACGACGGCUACCGAGACGAAAACGAAGGCUGGUCGGACGAGGAGGAUGACGAUGAGGAGGAGGAGGAGGACGAGGACGACGUGGGUGAUACCAACACGAUUCCUUUACCCGGUUGAUAUCCCGGUCAGGAAUCCACAAUUGUGAACGCAAGCCGUCACUCCGCCACCACGUUGCUAUGGCCUUCGGUUCACAUCCUUUCACUCAUAAUCACCCCUACAGGACCGAGCUUACCUUCAUCGUCCCAGUCCUAUUCAAUGGCGCUAUGGUGCUGGACCUCAUUGAAACAAUCCUACCAAGCGUACGGUCAUCGAGACGUUGGGUCUUUGCUACACAAACAUCACCCACUUUCGACCAUCACAGCCGCCAUCUCCAUCCACGCACCCUACAUAUCGUCAACGACAUUUUCUUUCCUCCAACUAUCGUCCAACUCAGACGCCCGUCGAAGGGAUGUCGAUCUAUCGGCUUUACCAGCACAAGGGGACCGGAGUGGAUCACGUUUAGCAUCUAUCUACGUCAGGCGAAGGACACGGAGAUUCAGCGAAGGUCACCCCAUGGUGGGGAAUAUCGCUGGGGGCGAUGGCCGCCUCUGUCACGAAGCCUACGAUGACGCGGCCACUCGAACAGUCUGAUGUCGACGUCGUUAUCGAGGCCGUACAAGGCUGCAACCGACCCAGCGUAGUCGGCACAAUCUGCUUAUUGCUCCCUUUCUUCUAUUUUAUCUUCUUUCCUUUGCUUACUCCUACUCUGUGGCUCUUCCGUUUUCUUUCUAUUCCCAUGCGAUUCUGUCUCAUAAUCCUCAACACUACUUCGUGGCCGCUUCCUCUACUCAGCUUCCCUCCCUUACUCCUCCCCUUAUGCAUUCAUACAUUGGCGUUCUCUUGUCGCGCUCGUGUCGCAAUUAGGCUCCCAUUCGAGACCUACCGGCACUUCCUACCCCAUACAUCCACUGCCUGCGCCUUUUAUUGUUUACUCACUGUACAAACCCGCUUCGGGUGGACUUUUCCUGAGCACCGCCGGGCCUGUGCGGUGCAAGCAUAACUGUGUAGAACGAGGGGACACGUCUGGUUAAUUAUGCUCACGCUCUUGUCGGUACUUGGGAUGGAAUUCGUGUGUAGCAUUACUUCGUGAUUACUCGCGCGCGGAAUGGACACCACUGGGCUAGUUGCAACGAUUCGAGUAGCACGCACAGAGUCAUGGUCGUUAAAAUCCAUUCGAUAAUAUAAAC